AUCGUUCUUGGCGGGUUCCAGUCGCGCGCUUAAUGUUUGUUCACAACAACUGCCUGGCAUAGCAGCAGCUGAGGGACGGAGCAGAGGAGCAGCACUUUAUCCCAACAUUAAAACACUUCUUUAUUUUUUCGAUUGUACGCUUGGGCUGAACUGUCAACUAGAAGACUUCAACCAUGCAUGUGAUCAAACGAGAUGGGCGCCAGGAGCGUGUCAUGUUUGAUAAAAUUACUUCACGAAUCCAGAAACUUUGCUAUGGACUCAACUCUGACUUUGUUGAUCCCACACACAUCACUAUGAAGGUGAUUCAGGGCCUUUACAGCGGUGUCACUACAGUCGAGCUUGACACCCUGGCUGCUGAGAUCGCCGCUACCCUCACCACCAAACAUCCGGAUUAUGCCAUCCUGGCUGCUCGCAUCGCCGUCUCCAACCUGCACAAAGAAACUAAGAAAGUCUACAGCGAGGUUAUGGAGGACUUGUAUAACUAUGUGAACCCCUUAAACAACCGCCACUCACCUAUGAUUUCCAAGGAAACCCUUGACAUUGUCUUGGCCAACAAGGAUCGCCUCAAUUCAGCUAUAAUUUUCGACCGGGAUUUUUCCUACAACUUCUUCGGCUUUAAGACAUUGGAGCGCUCAUACCUGCUGAAGAUCAAUGGAAAGGUUGCUGAGAGACCUCAGCACAUGUUGAUGAGAGUUUCUGUGGGGAUUCAUAAAGAGGACAUUGCGGCAGCCAUCGAAACCUACAACCUGCUGUCUGAGAAAUGGUUCACUCAUGCCUCUCCUACACUCUUCAACGCUGGCACCAACCGACCACAGCUCUCCAGUUGCUUCCUGCUUGCUAUGAAAGAUGACAGUAUUGAUGGGAUCUAUGACACGUUAAAGCAGUGUGCCCUCAUCUCCAAAUCUGCUGGAGGUAUUGGGGUGGCAGUAAGCUGCAUAAGAGCCACAGGCAGCUACAUUGCCGGGACGAAUGGUAACUCAAAUGGCCUGGUUCCUAUGCUCCGUGUUUACAACAACACAGCACGCUAUGUGGAUCAAGGAGGCAAUAAGAGACCAGGAGCUUUUGCCAUGUACCUGGAGCCGUGGCACUUUGAUGUUUUUGACUUCUUGGAGCUCAAGAAGAACACUGGGAAAGAAGAACAGCGAGCUAGAGAUCUCUUUUAUGCCCUUUGGAUACCCGAUCUGUUCAUGAAGCGAGUGGAGACCAAUGGAGACUGGUCUCUGAUGUGUCCCAGUGACUGUCCCGGGCUGGAUGAGUGCUGGGGUGAAGAGUUUGAGAAGCUAUACACAAGGUAUGAGCAAGAGGGCAAAGCUAAGCGUGUGAUAAAAGCUCAGCAGCUGUGGUACGCUAUCAUCGAGUCUCAGACCGAGACCGGUACACCUUACAUGCUUUACAAGGACGCCUGCAACCGCAAGAGCAACCAGCAGAACCUGGGCACCAUUAAGUGCAGUAACCUGUGCACAGAAAUUGUGGAGUACACCAGUAAAGAUGAGGUGGCUGUUUGCAACCUGGCAUCCAUUGCUCUUAACAUGUACGUCACCUCAGAGCGAACCUUCGAUUUCCAGAAGUUAGCCUCCGUUACCAAAGUCAUUGUGAAGAACCUGAAUAAAAUCAUCGACAUCAACUACUACCCAGUGCAAGAGGCUGAAAACUCAAACAAGCGCCACAGGCCCAUCGGUAUUGGUGUGCAGGGUCUGGCUGAUGCUUUCAUCCUUAUGCGUUUCCCCUUUGAGAGCCAAGAGGCUCAGCUGCUCAACACACAGAUCUUUGAGACCAUCUACUACGCCGCUCUGGAGUCCAGCUGUGAGCUGGCUGAAGAAUUGGGCCCGUAUGAGACGUACCCUGGGUGUCCUGUUAGCAAAGGUAUUCUUCAGUAUGAUAUGUGGGGUGUGACGCCUACAGACCUGUGGGACUGGAAGGCACUCAAAGAGAAAAUCGCUAAACAUGGAGUUCGCAACAGCCUGCUUCUGGCUCCAAUGCCCACUGCCUCCACAGCUCAGAUCCUGGGCAACAAUGAGUCAAUCGAGCCCUACACUAGCAACAUUUAUACUCGUCGAGUUCUGUCUGGCGAGUUUCAGAUUGUUAACCCACAUCUUCUCAAAGAUCUCACAGAACGAGGCCUUUGGGAUGAAGAAAUGAAAAACCAGCUUAUCGCUCAAAACGGAUCCAUCCAGGAUAUUCCCACAAUACCAGAUGACCUAAAGCAGCUGUACAAGACUGUAUGGGAGAUCUCACAAAAGACUAUCUUAAAGAUGGCUGCAGACCGAGGUGCUUUUAUUGAUCAAAGCCAGUCCCUCAAUAUCCACAUUGCUGAACCCAACUACGGCAAGCUGACCAGCAUGCACUUUUUUGGCUGGAAACAGGGUCUUAAAACUGGAAUGUAUUACCUGAGGACUAAGCCUGCUGCCAACCCCAUCCAGUUCACUCUGAACAAAGAGAAAUUAAAAGACACGCCAAAAAACACAACCGAAGAUGAGGAAACAAAAGAACGCAACAAGGCUGCUAUGGUGUGUUCCCUUGAGAACCGUGAUGAGUGUCUGAUGUGUGGCUCUUAAUCCAGCUUUUUUGUACUGAUUUGUAUUGGGUUGAUAAUAUUUUGCAUCUUGUACAGGAUUGUGCUUUUUUAACUGGCAUUGAUAUAAUAAAAUAAUAAUAUUCAUAAAUGAAUUCCAUGAGACCUCUGAAUAAACACCUUUUGAAAAGA